UGAAAACAUCCUGCCUUGUUAGUGUAAAAUUAUACAGGAACAACAACUUCCUGUUCACUCUAAAAGUGAAAAAUGUCACCCAGCGGUGUUGUCUUUGGCUUAUUGGUUAACCAAGGAGGCUACAUGUGGUGUGCAUGUGUGUGUGUGUGUGUGUGUGUGUGUCAGUAGUGCCACUAGUCCUAAGCCACCCUUGUCACCCCUGCAUGUGUGGUUCAUGACGGUGUUUUCUCUCCCUCAGGUGUCCGAUGACCUGGGUUACGUGAUCUACUCGGCGCUGGGCAGCUUCUAUAUCCCCAGCUGCAUCAUGAUCUUCGUCUACAUCCGCAUCUACUACGCAGCGAAGGCCCGGGCACGGCGGGGCGUGCCCAAGAAAAAGCCCAUGCCCUCCGGUGCUCCUCGGCCAGCACCUGGGAAGGCGCCCAAAGGCAAGACAGGGAGCAAAAAUGACAGACACAACUCAGCCGCCGCCACCACCACCACCAGCUUCUCCAAGCCCAUGGUCCCCUCCCCCGUCCCCACCGCCGACGACUCCCGGAACGGGGCCAGCGAGCGUUCGGGGCUGCUCAACAAGAAGGUGCUCAUCUGUGACGUGCGCGUGCACGAAGAGGUGUCGCCGUCCAGGUGCGUCACGCCCACGGACGACCUGGAGGAGGAGAUCCCGCUGAGGACGGUAAGCGAGCAGGUGGACGCCGACCAUCGGAACCACAACACCAAAAACGAGAAUGGCCUCUACCUUGGCCCCCUCGGCCCCGACAACCCUGACCUCACCAUCGGGCUGCCCACGCCCUCGGUGCCGCCCACAUCCAUCCGAGAACCCAACAACAGCAACCUCGGGGGAGUGACCCUCGCUUCCCCGGCCGGCUCGCUGCGGCACGCCGUGUCGACGGCAUGCGUCGACGGUGACCAGCUGAGUGACAUUGACCCGUCAUCGUCUGACUCCGGCGUGGUGACGCGGUGCUCGGUGGUGAAGCCCCUCAAGCUGAGGUUCUGCCACCCGCUGCUGGGCAAGAAGCUCACCAAGCCCAAGCGGGAGUUGAUCGACAUGGGCCGCGUGUCCACGCCCAAGGCUCGAGACCCCGAGAAGGAGAAGCGACGGCUGGCGCGGAAGAAGGAGAAGCGAGCCACACUGAUCCUCGGCCUCAUCAUGGGCUCGUUCAUCGCCUGCUGGUUCCCCUUCUUCUUCAUGUACAUCCUGGGGCCGCUGUGCCCCGCCUGCUACAUCCCUGUCUACGCCUUCGACUUGGCCUUCUGGCUGGGCUACAUGAACUCGGCCUUCAACCCCGUCAUCUACACCAUCUUCAACAAGGACUUUAGGAGAGCCUUCAGGAAGAUCCUCUUCAAGUAAAUCGUGUGUCAGUGUCCUUGCAGGCGAACGGCUGCGAUAUUUUGCUCAUUGUGCCGAGUGACCGCUGCCUUGCCCGCUGCACACACACACCGGAGGACUGACGGCCGCGGCAGGCGGGAGAGGCAACUCUGGCCUCUCAGAAUAAUUUGUACAAGAUUCUUUUAAGUGCUAUUCAUAUUUUGUUCUACCGUUCAUGACAUGACGUAAAAAGAUUGACGCCAUGAAUAAAAUGGAAAGCGGACCAAAGGCUGACCCCAUGGGAUCAAUUACUGUGCUUUUAGAGACGCGACGGGCGGCAGGGGUGCGGGGGAGGCAGCGCCCCGCCCCGCCGCCCGCACGCCGCGACGACGAGGAGUCCGCGGCGGCGCUACCUUGGGUUGUACACAAUACGCUUCAACACACACCUGAGAUAAUUAUACCUUUAUUAUUGUAUUGUUUUUACGACAGAUGCAAACUAUGAUGUUAAGGUUUCUUCCUGUUGAAUAUGCAUCGUGACCGCCAGUUUUUGCUUGGCGGCCAUACAAAGUAGAGAUACCUGUGUGCAGGUGUAUGUGACCCGUAUACAUAACAUGGCAUUCGUCCGUGAACUCACAUAUAAGUGCACACACGUAUAGUCCUUGACAUGUAUAUGUAAGUGUUGUAGCUGUAUUGUUUUCUUGUUGAUGCCUCAUGAUUCACGUCGGUGUGAGUCCCGUUGUGCGUCUGGCGUGCGUGUGUCAGGAGGGAAGGGGAGGAGGGAGGAGGGAGGAGGGGGGAGGAGGAGGAGCAGCCCACGCCCGGCGGCAGGUGAGGGCGUGAGGGCGUCCCAGCAACGAAAGUGGUGCAGGGUGGUGGUGGUGGGGUCAGGGGGUGCAGGUCACGUGUCACCGGCCUCGGCGGCAGGAUCGUGACCGGAGGAGACCCUCGCGUGGUGAUGGUGACGAGGGGGAGGGAGGGGGAGCACCGCCGCCCACCACCCGUCGGCGUCACCACUUCAGGAGUUAUCAUCGAAGUAGUUUCAUUCGCUGCAGUAGUCCGGCCGGGGCGAACCCCGUCCCUCUUUGGCCUAAGUCGUUUGUUUCCAGGCCGCCUCAGCCCCGCCACGCUCUGCAAGGUGUGCGGGGCGGGGCUGCAGGUCGCCGGGCCGCCCCAUCCCCCUCCCCCACGCCCCUGGCCGGGGGAGCGAGGUGGGCUGGCCGUCGUGUAGAGUCUGUGUGUAGCCAGCGAUGUAGUCACGUACGCAAGGGAGUUUUGUACCGUAGCCAACACCAGUCCCGCCCCAGAACGAAAUGCUGCAUUGAGGCAACAAGUCCCUCGGAGCCACCACCGUUUUCAAACAUUUUCAAACCAUAUUCGAAAGAGAUUAUGUGAUUACAAUUACGCUUAGCAUAUUUUACACAAACGCAACGGCUUAAUCCCUCAUGAAACAUUAAUAAUAACAAAACGAUUACUGUAUUAACUCUAUUUUUUUAGAAUCAAGCGAGAGAGAGAUGCAGCAUUUUGCGAGGCUUCGAUUUUAUAUCCUGGAGCACCAAAGAAAACAAAUAAACUCACAAACACACACUUGGAAAAUAGAACGGCGGCACAGACAGACAAACAGACAAGCAGACAGGCAGGCAGGCAGACAGACGGGGUAGUGUUUUGUAUUUCGUGAGAGUCCAUUACUCGCUCGUAUGUACAUAAGGGAGGACAGGCGGGAAGCAAGUCUGUAAAGAAAGUCAGUGAAUAAAAAACAGGAAGAGGCGGAGUCCGGGAUUUCAGGUUAGGUUAAGCGGUCCACAGGCAAGGUUAGGAAAGGGCCGGUGGUCAGGUCAGGUAGGUCAGCAUAGCGAGGUCACCCGUGCUUCACCUCAUUUUCUUCACCUUUUUAACGUGACUCUGACUACCGUAGUUCCCAUAAUCAUCACCAUCAUCAUAAUCAUCACCUUCACCUCAGAUUUGGCCAUUGUUUUCACCAUCAUCAUCGUUGGUAUAGUGAUCACCCUCAUUAUCACGCCACCAUUACAUCACCUACAUCAUCAUCAUCAUCAUCAUCAUCAUCACAAUCAGCAGCACACAGCAAGCUAUUGUUUAUGACCACCAGCCCUUAACAACGGCUAGCAAACUUACUAUUUAGAGUACGAUUAACCGAACGUGAAUAGUAAGUUGAUAUGCGUGUAGGCAGGAAGGACGGCGUAUACAUGAAUGAAACAAGAACGACACAUUAAGGAAAAGUAAUUAAUUAUAGGGGAUGGAGGUUUCUAGAUUAAAAGUAAAAACUAGUUCUCGUGUAAUAACGUUUUUUACUUUCUUUUCUCUCUCAUUUGAUUAAGGUGGUGAGGGAAGGAACGAACACGGCUGAACGAGUUAAGUUUCCUUCCCUCACCUGCCCAAGAGAAACACCUGUGAUGGUUACUUCAUAGCGACUCGUUGAUUAAAGGAGGGGAGGGGUUACCUACCACUACUAACCCCCACCACAACCACCACCCCCCUACUGACUGCCUUUGUCCCUCUCCAUAUCACCCAUACACACACACACUUACACCCCCUACACACCAUCCCAUACACACCUGAAGAUAAAGACUCACAGGUACACUAACUUUUUUACAUUUUUGCUACCUAAUAUCAAGUAACCUUCCCAUAAUUAGAUUGGCUAUACACAAACACACACACACAUAUACAUACAUACAUACGCAUAUAGACAGACGGACACAAACUCUGGAGAGGUAGAAAGGCAUAUCCUACUCUUUAUAAAGGUCUUAGACUGUAUCUGUUCAUCUGAGCCCAACCAGGUACAGACCGACGCCUCUCUCUGUCUCUCUCCAUCAAACCUUCUAUAUUUCCUCUUCCUCCUCCUCAUCCUCAUCCUCAUCCUCAGUCCCGCUCUCUCCACCGCCCUCCCUUGUUCCCUCCACCCUCUCUCCCCUCCAAGUGGUUCUCAUAUUCAUUCAGCCAUUCUCAAAUCUUUCCCGUAUGCUUCAGUCACCGCUUCUUCCACCUUGCCCCGAAGAACUCUAUCCGCCGAGCUGUUUCUUCCGUUUUCUUUAUUUCUUCAACUUGUCUGUUUUGAUGAACGUAAGUCCCCCUUCUAUUCAUUUUGGUUAUGUGCCUCUGUGUAAGUCAGUUCUCUCUCUCUCUCUCUCUCUCUCUCUCUUAAUCUAUUUGUCUAUCUAUAUCUUAACUCCACUUUAUGACACCACCACCACCACCACCACUUCAACCAACCACUAACCACCACCACCACCACCACCACCAUCACCACCCCCUCCAACUUGGUACGCCUCUUCGUGGUAAAAUAUUCUCGUAAUGAUGUUGUUCUCGUUGCUAGAUUUCUGUCUGUAGAUUUAUACUGGAGAUCGGAAGCACUCAAAAGCCCUCCCCAAAAAAGUAUAUAGAUGAAACGUUUCGGAUCUGUAAAUACCUUUUUUUUAUUACGUAUGCAAGAUUGAUUCUGUGUGUGUGCGUGUGUGUGUACGUGUGUGUGAGCAAUGUAGGGGAAAAAAGUUAUUUGCUCGGACGUUUGAACGGGAAUGCAAAAUAGAUGAAUACGUGGAAUGAGUAAAAGGGAAGAAAGGAGAAUAAAAUGUGUGUGCGUGUGCGUGUGUGUGUGUGUGUGUGUGUGUGUGUGUGUGUGUGUGUGUGUGUGUGUGUGUGUGUGUGUGUUUGUGCAAGGGAUUAAAAGUGAAGAGAAAAAGCAAACACGGCGAAAAUAAAAGAAAGAUUCAGGCUGAUUGGAAAGACAUUGAACAAGACUAAGUUUCAAAUUAGGAAGCCUUGGACUGGGAAUCACUUUUAAUAACGAGGAAACGAAGACAGGUACGAGGAACGGAAGGAGGGAAGAAGAUGGAGAGAGGGACAAGAGAUCUGAAGAAGCCAUCGAGAGAGGAGAGUUACAAGAUUGGAUUCGGGAAGCGGAGGAAAAAAAGCGAGCAGGAAACAAAGAGAAAUUAGCGGAAGGAAUGAUUAUGUGAGGUUCUUCUUGCAUAGAGAUAUAGAGAUAAGCUAAAAAAUCUACAUAUUAGGAAAGGGGAGAGAGAGAGAGAGAGAGAGAGAGAGAGAGAGAGAGAGAGAGAGAGAGAGAGAGAGAGAGAGAGAGAGAGAGAGAGAGAGAGAGAGAGAGAGAGAGAGAGAGA